UUUUCGCUGCUUAGUUGUCGGAUCGGGUGGGUCGAAGCAUCCAACACUGGGCAACGCAAAGUAGCACUCCAUCACGUGAGGGACAAUGGUUUCGACGAAAAACGAGUAGACGAAGAUCCCAGUGGUGCAAUUAACGUGAAAAUCUCAUUGUUCGUGAGACUAAGUGUGUUGGGUCACUCGACUUGCCAUCCCUACCCGAUCAAUUCGUCACACAAAGAUUGACUGAACCCCAGUCACAAAAUCCCCUCGAACAUGACGGAAUACUGGUUGAUAUCUGCCCCAGGAGACAAAACGUGUCAGCAGACAUGGGACACGAUGAACAAUCUCACAUCCAAACAAAAUUCCUUAUCCCUAAAUUACAAAUUCCAUAUACCGGACUUGAAAGUCGGUACCCUGGAUCAACUGGUCGGUCUGUCUGACGACCUCGGGAAACUCGAUGCAUUUGUCGAACAAGUGACCCGCAAGGUGGCUGCCUAUUUGGGGGAAGUACUUGAGGAUCAGAGAGACAAACUGCAUGAGAAUUUGAUGGCCAAUAAUAUGGAUGACGGUGAGAACACGAGCCUUGAGGGGGGUCCGGACACCCCACCAAACACCCCUGUAACACCAUCACACAAGAGCAUGAGGGAUCAGCAACAACACAAGCCAUGGAAGGAGCUGGACAAUAAUGACAGAGAGCCAGCGCCGAGUUUAGGUCAGCACCAUGAACGUCAUUACAGCCAAAGCCUUCAUAGUCAUUCCAGUCAUUACAAUCAUCACGAUACCCAGAAUCAUAACUCCAAUGCCGACAAGAGAUUAACGAUAAGCCAGGCUGGUGAUAAUCGUGCACAGAAUGAAUCGUCGAUUUAUUCGUGUUACCAUACACAUUGGUGCGCUGCUUCUGCUCCUUCAUCACCAUCGCCAACUCCAACACCCACAAGUCCGUCCCAAUCCUUCUCAUCACAUUGCAGUAGCGAUGAGGAUAAAACAAGACGACGUGGCUCACAGUGUCAUCGAAAAGUUCGUAAAUUACGUCGUACAACGUCAUCAAGUUCCAAGUCAUAUGCUGAUGACACUGACACCAGUCAUGAUGAGGAGCAUAGCGAAGAUCAAGAACAAGAGCAAGACGAUUGUGGCAUUCUGCCUAAUCCAGGUGAUCUGCCGACAUAUAUAACUCGUUUUCAAUGGGAUAUGGCCAAGUAUCCGAUCAAACAGUCGUUGAGGAAUAUCGCUGAUAUUAUUAGUAAACAAGUCGGACAGAUUGAUUCUGACUUGAAGACCAAGUCGACGACGUACAAUAAUCUCAAGGGAAGCCUUCAGAACCUCGAGAAGAAGCAAACCGGAAGCUUAUUGACUCGCAAUCUCGCUGAUCUUGUUAAGAAAGAGCACUUCAUCUUAGACAGCGAGUACCUCUCAACUUUACUCGUCAUCGUGCCGAAAUCAAAUUUCCAGGAGUGGCACGCAGUGUACGAGAAGCUCACAGACAUGAUAGUGCCCCGAAGUACCCAAAUGAUCACACAGGAUUCCGAGUAUGGGCUCUUCACGGUGACUCUUUUCAAAAAAGUCGCUGAGGAGUUCAAGCUCCACGCGCGCGAGAAGAAAUUCAUAGUUCGUGAUUUUACGUACAAUGAGGAGGAGCUCGCUGCUGGCAAGAAUGAAAUCACCAAGUUGGUGACUGAUAAGAAGAAGCAGUUUGGGCCGUUGGUUCGUUGGUUGAAGGUCAACUUCAGCGAGUGCUUCUGCGCCUGGAUUCAUGUGAAAGCUCUCAGAGUUUUUGUUGAGUCUGUUUUGAGAUAUGGUUUGCCCGUCAAUUUCCAAGCUAUUCUACUGCAUCCGAAUAAGAAGAGCACCAAAAGGUUGCGGGAUGUUUUGAAUCAAUUGUAUGCGCACUUGGAUUCGUCGGCGUCGGGGGCAGGGGGUGGCAAUCAAGAUAGUAUGGAUAUUCCGGGUCUAGGCUUCGGUCAGAACGAGUAUUACCCCUACGUCUACUACAAAAUAAACGUCGAUAUGGUUGACAAUAAGGUUUAAGGAAUCAACGACGACAUUGUGUCAAUAUUAACGUCCUCUAGGCGCACAUCCAACAUGCUACUAUUAUUUUCUUCUGUCCAUUCAUCUGUUCAUAAGAGGAAUUGUAGUCUCAUGGGGCAGGUGAGUGAUGUAAAAUCAUCGUCAUUCGCCAGUGGAGUGCAUAUGAAAACAAGUUCCACACUGAUUUCGAAGAUAAAAUGGACCUUCACCCCCCAAUUCCCAGUCGACAUUAUAGAGUAAUGAGAGACAAUUCAGUCAAAUCAUGUUGGUAUAAGCACACAAAUUCGGAUGACGAACAAUACGGCAAUGAAAAUAGUCAAAGGAACAAUCCAUUGUAAAUAAUUAUCACAAAAGAUUUAUGGGGAAUGACUAAAAACACCUGAAAAUAAUGAAAAUUAGUUUUGAAUCCGAUCCUGGUUUGAUCGGUAUUUUUACAAUGUAUUCCAACUCCCGAUUCCUCUGUUCAAUUCCUCAUUUUAACUGAGUUCAAUGAGAAACUGUUCUAUACUAAGAUUUAUGAAUGUUAAAAUUGUUUAAAUGGCGUUUUGAAUUUAGUAUUACGAGGCGUGAAAAGGGCGGACGCAGCAAUUUGGACUCUAGAAUUCUCUCUUAAGAAUAUAGUUUUUGAUCCCGUGAUUUUUCCAGUCACUCGUCGAGAUAGUAAUUAUCUUUGGAAAUUUUUUGACGAGUGAUAAGUUACUAGGAAUCAUUCAGUAUUUUUUUUUAACAUGGAGAGUUUCUGAGGUUUUUUAAGAUAAAAGGAAAAUGUUCAAAGAACUUUGAAGCAAUAACACUCAUGAAUUAUUUUCAAUGACCCUUCCUCUCUCCUAAAAUAAAAAAUGACGUUGCGAAAAGAGCCUGAGAUGAUCUGGUCCACUUUGGGAAUGGAAUUAAGAUAUGAAGGUUCCGAUGCGAUUUUAACAAAACGCCAGGAUGAACUUGUAUAUUGUAGAUACAAAUUGGUUAUGCGAUUGUUCAGAUCACUGUACAUCGAUUAUGAAAUACACUGUAAAGCUAUGAAUAAAUAUCCCGUUCCGUUAUAUUGUUAACAUCUUUUAUUUCCGUGAGUGCUGAUGAGGUGGAAUAAAUCAUUGUUGCAAUUUCA